AGCUUUAAAAAAAAAAAAAAAAAAAAAAAAAAUGCAACAAACUGCGUGUGUAAGCAAAGCAGCGAGGCAGCAGAUUAAGCUAGCCUGCUAACGAGCGACGGGCAAGUUAGUUAGCCGGCGUUUGAUGUUACUUUUGGAGCGGCCGGUCACCUGUAAAACUUACCUGGGCUGAUGGAGUUGUCGCCUCUUGAACAUCGACAGCCAGCGCCCACGAGUCUUCGGACAUUUUCAAACAUUAAUUGUAUAUUUCUUUCGAGACAAAACGGCACUUUUCAUCAAAAGUUUGAUGUCAGCGUGACAGUGGAGUGACGCCGCGCCGCUGUCCCGAGCUGAACCAACCGCAACCCGCUGGACCGCACCACCGAUGCUGCCUUCAGACGCGUCGGGAAUAUCGCAAUUUCAAGACCCGAGCCUGCAGGGGCAGCCGCUCGCAGAGGUUCUGCCACCUGUGGCAGCACUCCCAUUCCCUCUACGCCACAGAGCGAGAACAAGAAAGGGGAGCUGAGAGAGGUCGGAGAGGAGGAGGAGGAGGAUAUCUUUCAUGAUAAGUGGACUUCUGACAGAGAGAGAUCCUCGCCGCAUAUCCAGUUGACUCAAAUGAGAGAAUCUUAAAACCAGCACCAUGCCUGGACUCAUCAACAAGGAGAAUCGGAGCGCCCUGCCCCUCAGUGUCUCUGAUAUCACCUCCUGUGUCAGGGGUUAUACUCUGGCUCUGACAGCUUCUAUGACCUAUGAAAAUAUUGAGGAUCAUGCAAUCGAGGGGAUCUUCAUUUAUCCACUGGAGGAAAAUUCCAUUGUUGUAGGGUUCGAGGCGAUGAUAUCCAGUCAAAUUAUAACACUGCAAAUCAAAGACAAGGCAAAAAUUGAGGACUGUUAUCUCGACUGCUGCAACACUGGAGCCCUCCAAAAUGGCAGUGGACACAUAGUGUUGGAUGAGGAUUUGGAGAGGACAGUGUUAGUGGUCAACCUUGGGAUCAUCCCUCCUAUGGAGACGGUCCAUAUUCUGGUCAGUACCUCCUCCGAGCUCUCCACCCUGCCUAGCGGUGGCAUCAGGGUGUCAUCACCUCCGGCGUGUACUCCUCGAGUACAGAGGACCAUCAAUGAGGAGCAGGGACUGUCCCCAAACUUCACCAGAUCGCGGGACAGGCACACCUGUGCCUCAAGUCCUCACGAUCAAACUCCCAACUCCCCUCAGCUGUGUUUGGCUUUGCUGCUGGAAGAGGAGGCGAUCAACUCCAUGGACUACAAGUUUAACUUCCAGCUGGAGAUACGCGCUCCUUAUCUUCUCGCAGGUGUAGAGAGCCCUUCUCAUGCCAUCAGAGCUGAUGCAGACCCUCUGGCCCGCUCUGCCACCAGUGUCGUCAUCACUCUGGCGGACAAAUACACUUACGACUGCCCUGUCAAAAUCCUCAUUUACCCCAGCGAGCCUCAUGUGCCACAUGUGCUCAUUGAGAAUGGAGACAUGACACAGGAGGAGUAUGAUGAGUAUCUUCACGGUCGGAGUGAUUUCAUGAAGGCCACCAAGAAGGACUCCAGCAAUGAGAGGAAAGUAGAUAUCAUUCACAGGCGACUCCAUAAGGACAUCCUCCACAACCCCGUGGUCAUGUUGAACUUCUGUCCUGACCUCAAGUCCAUCAGCUCGGACCUGCGGAAGGUGCACGGCGAGUUCAUCUUCCUCAUUGAUCGCAGCGGCAGCAUGAGUGGGGUUAACAUCAACCGUGUGAAGGAUGCCAUGGUGGUGAUUCUCAAGAGCCUUGUGCCUGGCUGCAUUUUCAACAUCAUAGGCUUCGGCUCCACAUUCAAAUCCCUGUUCACAACCAGCCAGAACUACGAGGAGUUUCUCCUCCUCACCAUGACGAUCCAGGAGGCCCUGGCCCUGGCUUGUGAGUAUGUCAGGAAGAUCAGAGCCGACAUGGGGGGGACCAACGUCUUGGCGCCGCUCAACUGGAUCCUGCGGCAGCCGAUGUCCAGUGGACACCCCCGCCUGCUCUUCCUGCUCACCGACGGGGCCGUCAGCAACACAGGCAAAGUUAUCGAGCUGGUCCGCAGACAUGCACGCUACGUCAGAUGUUUUACGUUCGGCAUAGGACAGAAUGCUUGCAGGAGGCUGGUGCAGGGACUGGCGACAGUUUCUAAAGGAACAGCAGAGUUCCUGGCCGAGGGAGAGAGGCUGCAACCCAAGAUGAUAAAGUCCCUGAAGAAAACCAUGUCUCCAGUGCUCAGUGAUAUUUCCAUCGAAUGGCUCUUCCCCGAGACCAAGGAAGUGCUGCUGUCCCCUGUGGGCAACACCUUCCUGUUUCCAGGGGACAGCCUGACCUGCUACAGUGUGGUUUGCGACACCACCCGCUACCACACCAACCCCAAAUCUGAUAAGAGGAGGCGAUACAGCAUGAUGCACUCCAUUGAGUCGGCCAGCUCCGUGUUUUACCACUCUCAAGAGGAGGACCCGGUGAAGACAAGUGGCGACAGUCAGGGCCCCUACAGGGAGGCCCCCUCCGGCGCUCUGUAUGACUCCUGCCAGGACUCCAUGAUACAGGACGGCGGCCCUGUCACCACAGAAAAAGACAGCAUGGGGCUGGAUAAGACCUCUCCGAGAAGGCGGGCGUACAGCACCAACCAGAUAAUCGACUACAACCCGGCGAAGAAGGCCUACACUCCCAGUGACCCCAGCUCUGUGGUGACCAAGAAUCCGCUGAGGAGAGCCAAGGUCCAGGAGCUGAUAGGCCAGACCAGCCCCGAGCAUGAGGCGCAGUGGAAGAACGACUACCAGCCACAGCUGGCAAGCCUGUGCGCCACAUCUUCCAGAGGGCGCCCCGCCAGCUGUCACAGGCCGCUCCCUCAGCAGGAGCCGCUUCUGCAGCAAGAGGCCGACUCAGAGCCUCAUUUCCAUCCCCAGCCUCAGGACAACCCUCUGCCAGGCGGCGGCGGCGGCAGCAGCAGCAGCAGCGGCGGCGGCGGCGGCGUGCUGCCAGCAGCUCGCAGCACCGCCGGGGAAGAUGGAUCCAGAUCCUCCACUGACAGCCCAUCUGUUGGCAGCGUCGGAGAAACAGAUGGUUAUGGACACCAGUUAUGUCAAGCAGAAACCCCGCAGGAGACCCAGAUCUCAGAUCUGGGUGCUGCCAACCGGCUCAAAGGUGACUGCAAGGCUGUGGUGUCCGGACUGCUUUGUGGGAAACUGAUGAAGUGGGAGGUGGUCUUCGAUAUCGAGCCGUUCCUAAACGGACGGGAGCGUGAGGAAAAGGUUCACGAGGAGCUUUGGAACGAGACCUUCCACCACAUGGCUGGACGCUCCAUCAUACACGACUUUGAGCAUAUGGCAGAUAAAGAGUGUGAGAUUGAGCACGGCUCGGGGAGGAAGUACCAGCUCUAUGCGAUUCAAACCAGCAAAGCCUGCAAUAUACUGAGCAAGUACACUGCGUUUGUUCCCAUCGACCUGGACACUAAUGAGUAUUUGCAGACAUAUAUUGAAUACAUAAACCCCGGUGAAGGUCAGAAGAGGGGCUCACACUCUAGCUCUCGUUCAGGGAGCAGGAAGAACAGAGGUUACUCCAUCGGACUGGGUCGCUCUCAGUCUGGCGGCGUGUCGGAGGAGGCUGAAGACGUUCUGCUGCCCAACAGUGGAGAGGAUGGUGUCUCUCCGUGCAGCACUCCCUCCUCCUCUGGUUGGGAGCGAUGUAGCUUCACGGAGGUCUCCCAAAGGAGUCCGUCUGUGACCUCUGACCAAUCACAGAAAUCGGUGGAGAGCCUUUUUUCUGCCAGGCUGGCCCUCAGCAGGACUCGUCUGCUGACUCGAGCUGCCAAAGGAUUCAUGUGCCGAUCUCACAGCAAGUCCGGUGAUUCGAUUGGAGAAAGCGACAACGAGAACAAAGACUACAUUCCUCUGCUGUUGCUGCAGUUGGCUAGUGGCGCAUUUCCCCUGGACACAGCCCUGUGUGAAGCCAUUAACGUGCCCAUGGACAAGCUGAAGUGGACGUCCCCCUUCGCCAGCCACCGCUCCAGCCUGGGCCACUUGUCCCACUCCAGCAGCCGCCGCGCUGAGAGUGCCGACGACGGGCACAGAUCACCAUGUGAGCAGGAAACAUAUCAGCAGCCCGCAGAGCAAAUUGUAGGCACCCACAGCCCCUCUCAUCUGUCCAGGAACGCCUGGACGGAUGCCGCUCCUUCCGCAGUAGGAAGUCCUUCCUCCGCUAGUGAGCCCCCACUCUCCCCACACUCCCAGGUGGACAGUGGUCGGAGCUCUGGGUCGGGGGGCUUUGAAACGGCAUCGCCCGGCGGUGUGCUUAAGAGGAUGCCGAAUCCAGAGAGCAUGGUGUGGGCUACGGCUGUGGCCCUAGCCUGGCUGGAGCACAGCUCCGCCAGCUAUUUCAUAGAGUGGGAACUGGUAGCUGCCAAGGCCAGCAUGUGGCUGAGCGCGCAGGACAUCCCAGAAGGCCGAGAUUUAGCCUCCAUCAAAGCUGCUGCCAACCAGCUCUUCAUCAUCCUCAGACACUGGGAUGAAAACCUGCAACUGAACAUGCUCUGUUACAACCCUAACACUGUCUGAGGCCUGCUAGUCCAAGACUAAUACAGACCACUCAGAGUACUUAAUCCCAUAUGAUACUAUGCUAACUGAGGCUGUACUAUUCUCCAUUCAGCAGUAUAUCCUCUGGAGUCUGAUUUUGCUGUUGCAGUUGUGAACAAUGUGUACCCUCCUCUGUUCGUGUGCUGUUCCUCCAAACAUAUCAAAUGCUCUUCAGAGGCACCGCGUGCAAGCUGUUACCUCGCUGGUGCCAUAUACUGUAGCCAGAUCCCUGUUAGCAAGGGAUCUAAUCUGAUUUAUGCCACAGAUUUGAGUUUCAUGGAGGGGAAUGUAAGUGUUAAAUUAGUAGCAUGCUGGACCACUGACCAUCAAUAUCUGAGAAAAGCUCUUAUUAUCAUCAUAUUGAUGUUACGGGGAGAAUGCUGCAAAACUAUGGUUGGGAGAAACUGUUCCACUCAUUUACGCCUGCUGUUUUUACAUCUUAGCAGCAUUUUCUGAAUUGACUGUACUGUGGAAGAAAUAUUACAUGAAGUCAUCUGGAUACGUGCUAGCAGUACUGCCAGUCUUUUCUAAUGCUUGUUACCAUUACAGUGUUAUUAAUAUUUGCCAUUUUCCAGUUUGAUUACAGCAGAGACAGAAAAAUAUGCAAAAAAGCUAAAGAAAAUAUAAAAAUACAUGUUAAGAUUUGGUUUUUAAAAAUAUGUGGCUUUGGUGGGAAUCUAUGAAUGUGUAUCCCACUGGCAUGUUAGUUAUUGUUUAUUAUUUAAUGAUACAGAUUAUGUUUUUUCACCUAUCACUAACCCUAACCCCAACCCUAAGAUUAGAGGUUUUGAUCAUGCAUUAGUUUUUAAUUUGAGAGAAAGUAACACAGACCUGGAGGCAGUUGCACCAUCUGUUUGCAAGUUCAAAAUUAGCCCAGUUCUAAGCCUUGUGUUUACUAUGUCGGUGGAUAUUUACGCCUCACUAGUUCCUACAUAGAGUUCUUAUAUACAUAGAGAUUACUUUUUGCUAAGUGUUUACAACCUGUAACUGCCAGGCAUAACUGUUGUGUAGCUAAAAGAACCAACUAACAAAGCUAACGUCAGCUGGCUAAAAUAAUACCUCGUUCAGAUUGAAGAAGAGACAAAGCAAUAUGGUCAACACUUGACCAAAAUGCUGUUCAACAAAGUAAACUUGGUUUUUAAUUUAAGUUUCACAAAAAAAUAACACAAUAUAUUUAAAAUUGCUCAUUUUAUGCUGCUAGCAUGAGACUAAACGUACAAAAUAAAGUUAGUUUAGAGCAUGGCUGUUCAAAGUCUGACACUAUGGGCCCACCCGUGAGCCGAGUGCUCCUCCCCAUUCUUUUUCCUAUAUUUGUUAACAUUAUAGCAGUUUGGCACCAUUAAAAAUAUGCCAAAUCAGCUACAAGCAGUUCCUGAUUCUCAGGCAAGUCGUGCCAUUAUAGAGUAUCCUUUUUCUGUGUUAUCUAAGUGGAUUUACGGAUGUUUAUUUGUGAUGCACGUCAAAAAUAAUGAUCCUUGGACAGUGUAAGUCACACUAAAACUAAAAACAUUAUGACCUAUAAAUUAUGACUCAUAGAAGGAGUACAAAUCUUGACACUAAAUUGCAGUAAUCAGGCAUCAAGGGUUUCCAAGCGCCUGAACGUCCUCCCUUGGCUGUGUGUCACAACUAUGGCUGCAGCUCCAACUGCAGACUAUGUUGAAAAGCGGCCCACCCUACGAUAACUAACUUCCAGUUGUUUCUAGAACACCGGCUUGCACCUCUCCCUUUCACCUCACUUUCAUUUUGAAAACUUCUGGGUUAGCAUAAUCAGACAUUUCCCAGGCACUCUAAAUUGAAUGUAAUUGUACUAUUAAGUAUGAAACAUACAUAUUUUCUCCAAGAAUGCAUACAUACAUACAACAAAUAUAUGUGUUUACAAAAGAUUGGCAGUUUAAUUUAUCUCUUGACCCAUUAAUCUUAUUUUUAGAAGUUAUGUUCGUAAGUUACGUAGCUCGUGAUGCUAUGGUGCCUUCCCUUUUACAUAUCUGAUUGCUCUUGACUGGAUGGCAUUAAAGAUGCUUCCUAGCAAUCAAUUUACACAGUACCAAAGUCUUUACUAGCUAUGACAUUUCCCAAGUUUCCUCAAAAUGGUGCAACCCAAUUUAAUAAAUCACCAGUCUGAAACUAGCUAGUGGUUAAUUAGAACUUAGGAAGGAUGUUACAGACAAACUUAGUAAUGGAUUUACAAACAGCUGGUGCAACCUCAUUCUAAUAUGGGCAGCGAUCAACAGUCCUGCUCCGGGAAUCAGAGAGGAAAGGCCCCUGCUAGUUUGGUCAUUGUCACAGCUCAUUUACCGCAAGUGCCUAACCAAGGUUUGAAGUCGGCAGAAAACGUAGAUCUGUUCGCUGCAGUUUAAUCAGUGUGGAUAAUGCUUUUUUUUCUUUUUUCUUAAAUAUACAUUGGGUACCCUUUUUUCGUUCUCGAUCUUACCUUGAUUCUGUUGGUGGCCUAUGUAGGCAUCUUUCAGUAUAGAUUUUUCUCUUUCUUAUUCCAUCACACUGUUGCUUUACUCAGGUAUUUAUUCCUUUUUUUUUCACUCAGGCUGAGUUGCAUAAGUUCUUCUGCAUGGACACAGGUGUUUAUGUUAUGAUGUUAAAGACUGAAUUACCAUAUUGGAGCCAGUAGUGCAGUAUUUCGCUCUCUGAAAUGAAAUGAGAAAUUCAGUAGAUGUCAUAUAGUAAUAUUUUUGUGCUGUAAUUGCAGUAGUAAGUGCAGCUGUAAUUGUAUUAAGUUGUAUUUUUUUACGUACUUGGUCAGUUGUAUAGUGCAGUAUCUUACAACUUGCUGUGUGUGCCUUUAUAAAUGAUUGUUGACUGUUUGAGGCCGUUGAAAGCUUCCGUAGUGUCUUGAAAAUUGUCAAUGCUAUGACCAGCUCUGCAGG